GUUGCGGGAAAACUGAAGCGGAUGUUUCCUGUGUAGUGUCUUCUCUCAGUCACUAAUCAAGUGCCAAAAAUCACCAUGGAAACUCCAAAGGCUGCAGAUGUCAGAAAGGGGAUUUCAGUUCUUUGGGAAACCCUACAGUGCCCUAUAUGCUUGGAUUUAAUGACUGCACCUGUUUCUACUAAAUGUGACCACCAGUUUUGCAAAUUUUGUAUGAUGAAACUUUUAGACAACACAAAACAAAACUGCACAAAAUGUCCAGUGUGUAAAGCCAAGAUAACCAAAAGGAGCUUGCAGGAGAGCCCUGGAUUUCAAAGACUUGUUGCAGGAUUGCAGGAUAUGAUACAGGCAUAUGAACGUGACACUGGCACAAACUACUUCACGGGAAUGUCCCAGCAAAAAGAACUAUCAGUGGUCAAAGAUGCUAAAGCUACUAAAAAGCAUCAGGAUUUGCCAUCUGAAGAAACACCUGGAAAUGACCUUGAAAACGUGGGAACUAAUGAUGAGCUUCCAGAGUCCUACUCCUCAACUGUUGCAGCUCAGAAUGAUUUUGCCAGACUUAUGGGGCUUGAAGACUCCAGUCCUUUGACAACAGAAAAUGGAGGUCUGGAUAGUGGCCUUGGUGGAGCUGUACCCACAUCAGACAAGAAAAUCACAGGUAAUGUAGCUCCAGAUCCAACAGAAAUUGUACAAUUUGUGGAAGAUGCUGAAACAAUGCCCAAAAUUGAAGAAAAAAUGAGCCUUCUUGAUUCUGAGAAAGACAAUUUAUGCCUUUUGUUACUUGCAGACGAGACCGCCCAUCAACCUUUAAAAAAGUCUUCAAGGAAGAGGAAAAAGAAUGAGGAUUUGGAGCAGGAUAAGAUUCUUGAUGAGAAACAGAAGAAAAGUCUAGAAAAAGUCGCUGAGUGGCUAAUGAAAGUUCCAACGGAGGGAAGUCUUGAGUUUGAUAAACCAGAUGAAGACACAGACAACUCAGACAGCUGCUCUUCCACUUCAACAAUAGAUGUCAGACAACAUAAUAAUGAUGCGCAUGCUAAGAGAGGGGAUCGUGCUAAAGCUCUUGAAGAGCAGGUGUUUGGGGCUGUGUACAAACGAGAGCGAAGAGGAAACAGGACCAACUCUCCUCUGCGUAAUGUUUUUGCAGAAACAAAAGAAAUAGAGAAAACUGGAAAAGGUUCUAAAAUGGGGACCAAAAGACCUGAAAUGCCUGUUGAUUUUGAGAUGAAAACAAGCUCAGAGGAUGUAACACAAAGAGAUACUGAGGAAGAACAGCAAAUGACAGAAGAAGUAAAGGAUGCAAGCAGUGACUUUUUUAAAGAAGCAGACCUCUUUGAAGUCAUUGAAGGGAAAAAUGACAGAAACAAAAAUGAAGAAAAGUUGAAUAGCUUCCUAGAAAGUGACAGAAGUGAUAACAAAGAAGAGGAGUCCUGUCUAGUGCCUGAACUGGAACAACAGGGACCAAAAAGAAAGUUGAAGAAAAAGACCACUAACCUUGUGCAGCAGGUUGACAGCGAUUUACAAGAGCGGGAUAAGCCAGAAAUCACAGAGCAAAAGAAAACUGGCAGGAAGAAAAAAGUUGGCAAGCCUGCUCAAGUGCCGAAACCUCUUGUUCUGGUCGGAGCCCAAAAUGGAGAAAGCAGUCCCAUGGCUAGACCAAGGUCAGAGGAAGUUCAAGUUCAUAUUGAGAACUACCCAAGCAGUGAGGACCAAGAUGUACCUCUCAAAAGGAGUACAAGGAAAAGUCGAAGACUUCAAGACUUUGCUGAGGAAGUCCAGGAAGAUCACAAGAGAGCAAACUUGAGGAGAGUACCUGAAAAACAGAGCAGUGUUGGAAAGGAAUCUGAAGAUCCUAUCGAUAGAGCUUUGGAUGAUGAGGUAUCAUCUAAAAAUGGAAACGUAAAAAAAGUGUCUGAAAGAAAUGGAUGUAUUUACAAUCAAGAUUUAGAUGGGAUAGAAGAUAUGGAGACCAAUGAUAGGACUCCUGAUAUGAGACAAACAGAAGAGGUACCAAAUACUGAAACUGUAUGUGAAGGUAGCACUAGUGAUCAUGCUCAUGUGGUCCCAAACUCUGUAAGUCCAGACGAAGCCUCAGUAGUAGAACCAACACCUGUAAAAGACAACCCAACACAUAAAUUUCCAAACAGUACUCACUUAGAGAUCCCACCUUCGGAGUCUAAAUGCGCUGAAACAGAACUCGAGGAGGAUAAAAAUGACAGCGAACUCGACACAGAACAACUGCUCAGGAGCUUCAAAGCCACUAAGAGGAAGUCUUUCCACCUCGGCGGUCCGAAUGUAAAGAGAAACCGAAGUUUAGAGCAUAAAAUUGUUGAAGCUGAAGCAGAAGAGACCAAGAGCGUUGAAUCUGCGGAAAAUACUAUCCAAACAAAUUUGCCUGCAAACACCAAACAAGCAACAGUAAUAGACAAUGUAGACUCUUCUUGUAGCGAUUUGAUCCCCUCAUCUUACUCGCCCAAGCUGGCAAGAAAGACAGAGCAAGUGGUUGCCCAUGCCGCCAUUCUUGAUGGUAUUUGUUCAGGACAAAACCAUUCCGAUGACGACUUUGUUUCCAUGAACAGUGUCAGCAGCGUUCUUCCUCCAAAUAAAGAGUCAGAACAUGAAAUUGUAAGUCAGAAUCUUUCUGUUGUGCCGCAAAUUGUGGACUCAGGGCUGUGCUACACAGCAAUUGAACAGGAAUUGCCAAAUGAGGCCCCAAAGAAUUCUCAAACCAUGGAGGAUCAGCUUGAAUGUAACAGGAGAAAUGGUGGACAAGCUGAAGACGUAUCAGACAGUAUUUCAGUUCCAAAUGGGAAGAAAACGGUCAACACUGCUGAAAAUCUCUUAAACACAGAGUCCUCUUUAACUCCCGAAGGUCUUGGAAUACCAGCUGCUCAGGUCGACAGUGAAAGAAAGUCGAACAACUGUAGUGGGAGUGGGGAACUCAGCGCCCAAUCCUCUGUUAAGAACAGGAAGAGGAGAAGAACCCAGAAGCUCGAGUCUGAGUCUGAGUCAGACUGCAGUGGAGAGGAUUUGCCAGCCUUAAAAGACAUUUUAGGAUCAUCAGCUCCCCCCAGUGUUACCAACAAGGACUCAAAUAAAGAGGAUCCUCCAGCUGAAGAAGAGUUGAGCCGACCGCCUGCCUGCAUCAGCCCUGAUCGUAUAAAUUCCAGCCAAGGAUCGGAGGACUUGUUUGGGACGCCAGAAGAAUGUGAUGUCCCUGCAAAUGAUCUCAAUGUUUCUGUGGAAUCAUCACAAUUCUCCAGUGAAGUUCUUGUAACACAGCAAAAGAUCGAAAUGCAGAAGGAGUUGGUGCGGUUGGAGAAGUUGAUGGCUCUGGUGUCAGAGGUGCUUCAGGAGAAAGAGGGCACUCCUGCAAAAGAAGUUCAUCAGAGCAGUAAACCCACAGGCUCUGAUGCCCACAGAUCCCUCCCAGCUGACCAGAACUCAGGACAAGGUUCAGACCAGAAAAUGGUUCAACAAGCACAAAGGGAGCCAAGCACAGGAACACCCGAUGGCAAAGUUGUGACCCAGCCCACAGUGUCACAGCAUGGCAGCGCUGUAGAAACCACAGCACAGGGCUCCACACACACAUUGCCAAUUGCAAAAGGCACUGGAGCCUUCAAAACACCUAUUACAAGUUCAACAGCCAAAACAUUGAAGAACAAGACAUCUCCAUCAGAGGACAAAGAAAACAGCUCUCCUCCGAGAGAAAGAAGCAAAGCCACUAUGGUGCUGGUGUCGUCUGGAUUAAGCCCCAGUGAACAGAUAAUGGUGAAAAAGUUUGCGAAAAGAGUUGGUGCUCGUGUGGUUUCCCAGGUAACACUAGAGGUGACCCAUAUCAUCAUGCACACAGAUGAACAUCUGGUCUGCGAGCGCACACUGAAGUAUUUCCUCGGCAUCGCAGGCAGGAAGUGGGUCGUUAGCUUCCAGUGGAUCUCAGAGUGCUUCAAGCAAAAGAAACUCUUAGACGAGGGCCUCUAUGAAGUCAGAGGUGACGUUGUGAACGGAGCAAACCACCAGGGCCCCAUGAGAGCCAGAACCACUGAUGACAAUGACCUGCUCAUGAAGGGCUACAAGAUCUGCUUCCAAGGGCCUUUCACAGACAUGACCACAGAUGAAAUGGAGUGGAUGGUGGAGCUCUGUGGAGCCACUGUAGUCAGAGAUCCACUUCAGUUGGACUGUAAACAGAAGUCUCAUCAGCUGAUCAUUGUGCAGCCGGGAUCAGAGUCAUCGUCAUCCACAUACAGCUGUCUCGCCAGACGAGCUGCAGUGGUGACACGUGGUUGGUUGUUGGAUACCGUGGCAACCUACACCCUCCAAAACUACAAUAAGUACACAGUAUAAGCAAGGGAACCAAAUCCGCCCAUACCCACAGCUGUUUAUCAUCUUCUCAUCAUCUAUUUUUACAACUUCAUUUUUAAUGUUUCACUCUGUAACUGAAGUGUCAUUCAUCUGUGUUGAUAUCUUAUAAACCCUUUCUGUGGUGUGUC